AUGUCAUUAUCAGCUAAACGAAUAUUACAUCAGGGAGAAGUGGAAUUAUUAUUUGUUAAAUCAAAAGUUUAUUUACACCCGACACCAUCAAAAAAGGACAAUUUACCUGGUUUCUUAACGCUUUCUAGAACUUCAAAUUCAACAAAUUUAGAAAUCAUAUUAGCAUUUUCACCUGAAAAUACUUUAAGUAAAGAAGAAAUUGACACUUACAACAAAAUAGAUGUUGAAACAGUUGAUUUAAAUUUAGGAUCAUUAAAAUAUAAUAAGCAAGGUAAAGCUCCAAUAAGUAGAAUAGUUCCCAAACCAAGUGCAUCUAUUUUAAGUUCAUAUUCAUUUACAACUACAUUAUCAUAUAUUUAUAGUAUACAAUUUAGAAACCCAAGUCAUGGAUAUUGGUAUGGAAGUAUUAUAAUAAAUACUCAAGAUGGUGAAAAAUUACCAAUAAUGUUUUUCCAUGAUGAUGAAAGUUCAUCAACUUUAAAGAAUCAAAAAUUACAAAAUCAACAAUUUGAUCCUUUUGGUGAUGAUAAUAAUGGAGAAAUGUAUUGGGGAGCAAUUGAUUUUUUAAAAAUUUUAAAAACUUUAGUAAAUGUACAAAAAUCAUCACUUGAACCAACCGUUUAUUUAAUAAAUCCUGAAUCAGAUGAUUUAAGAAAUUUUGCACCUUUUAAAAAAAAACCAGAACCAAUUCCACAAGAUAAUUCAUUUAAAUUACCAGAUGUUAAUAAAUUAUUUGCUACUGCUAAAUGGAAAGUUUUAGAAACUGUUGCUACAUUUUCAGCUAAAACUAAAAAUCAAGUUAUGGAUUUAAUUGAAGAUAAUGCACCAGCUCCAAUAAAAGAAAUAAUGUAUCAACCGGAAGUUGCCAAGAUAGGGGAUGAAUUUGAUUCAGCAAGAAUAUAUUUAGCUAAAUGGGCUCAACAAGUUAAAGAAGAAGCAGAACUAAGUUCACAAAAAUAUAUGUUAGAUGAUGAUAUUUAUAAUAAAUUGAAUAAAGAAUUAGGUUCUGAAGAAUUAUUAACACAAGAAGAACUAAGUAGAACAUCAAGAAGGGAAGAAAUAAGUUUACAAGAAUGGGAAGGAUUUUUUGAUUAUUCUGGUAGAUUAUGUAUUACAGUUGAAGAAGUUAAAAGUAGAAUAUUUCAUGGAGGUUUAGCUCCUGAAGUUAGAAAAGAAGCUUGGUUAUUUUUAUUAAAUGUUUAUCCAUGGGAUUCAUCAACUGAAGAAAGAGAAGCUUUAAAAAAUUCAUAUGCUACAAGAUAUGAAGAAUUAAAAUUAAAAUGGGUAAAUGAUGAAGAUAAAAGAAAUACUGAAUUUUGGAAAGAUCAAAAAUUUCGAAUUGAAAAAGAUGUUCAAAGAACUGAUAGAUCAAUUGAAUUAUUUAAAAACGUUGAAGGUGAAGUAGAUGAAAGUGAUGAUCAAUUUGAUGUAUCUAAUAUUAGAAAUGAACAUUUGUUUAAGAUGAGAGAAAUUUUAUUAACAUUUAAUGAAUAUAAUACAAAUUUAGGUUAUGUUCAAGGUAUGACGGAUUUGUUAUCACCAUUAUAUGUUAUAUUCCAAGAUGAAACUUUAACUUUUUGGGCUUUCUCGAAUUUCAUGACAAGAAUGGAAAGAAAUUUUUUGAGAAGUCAACAAGGAAUGAAACAACAAAUGAUGGUGUUGAACAAAUUAUUACAAUUUACAUUACCCAACUUAUAUAAGCAUUUAGAAUUAUGUCAAUCAAAUGACUUGUUUUUCUUUUUUAGAAUGUUAUUAGUUUGGUACAAAAGGGAAUUGGAUUUCGAACAAGUAAAUAGAUUAUGGGAAAUAUUAUGGACUGAUUAUUAUUCAUCACAAUUUCAUUUAUUUUUUGCAUUAGCUAUAUUAAGUGAUAAUGAAAGAAUAGUAGUUCAAAAUUUAAAACAAUUUGAUGAAGUUUUAAAAUAUUUUAAUGAUUUAUCUGGUCAUUUAAAAUUAGAUCCAUUAUUAAUUAGAUCAGAAAUUUUAUUUUUAAAAUUUAAAAGAAUGUUAAAUAUAAUUGAUAGAGAUAAUAGUUUAAAAAAAUUAAAUUCUGAUCCUUAUGAAACUUCAAAUGUUUCUGAUGAAAUUGGUGAAGAUUUAAGAGAAUUGUUAAAAAGAGAUUUAAUUAUUGAAAAGGAAGUUGAAAGACCAGAAGGUGUUGGUGGAGGUUAA